GCCAAGGAGAACCCGGGGGUUCUAACAGCCGUCGCUAAAGGCGCCAACAUGGCCGUCGCCGAAUGCCAACAUCAGUUCAAAUACAGAAGAUGGAACUGUACGACGAGGAAUUUCUUAAGAGGAAAGAAUUUAUUCGGAAAAAUUGUUGAUCGAGGAUGCCGUGAGACGGCGUUCAUCUACGCAAUAACGAGCGCCGGAGUAACACACGCGGUGUCGCGCGCCUGUGCCGAGGGCUCCAUCGAGUCAUGUACGUGCGACUACUCACACCUGGAACGUACGCCGCACCGCACCCGCGCCGCCGCCGCCGCCAACGUGCGCGUCUGGAAGUGGGGCGGCUGCAGCGACAAUAUCGGCUUCGGCUUCAGGUUCAGCCGGGAGUUUGUCGACACCGGUGAACGAGGCAAGACCUUAAGAGAGAAGAUGAACCUACACAAUAACGAGGCCGGCAGAGCGCAUGUCCAGUCAGAGAUGCGUCAAGAAUGUAAGUGCCAUGGAAUGUCUGGAUCGUGCACAGUGAAGACUUGCUGGAUGCGCUUGCCGAGUUUCCGUUCCGUUGGAGAUGCGUUGAAAGACCGAUUCGAUGGUGCAUCUAGGGUUUUGAUGAGCAACUCUGAUGUCGAAACUCCCGUACUGAGGAAUGAUCCCGGAGCACACAGAGUGCCGAGGAGGGAUCGCUACAGAUUCCAGCUCCGGCCGUACAACCCCGACCACAAAGCCCCGGGGGCGAAAGAUCUCGUGUAUUUAGAGUCUUCCCCGGGCUUUUGCGAGAAGAAUCCUCGGCUGGGCAUUCCCGGCACCCACGGGCGCGCUUGCAACGAUACGAGUAUCGGUGUGGACGGCUGCGACCUGAUGUGCUGCGGUCGCGGCUACAAAACCGAGACCAAGUUCGUGGUGGAGAGGUGCAACUGCACCUUUCACUGGUGCUGCGAAGUCAAAUGUAAAACGUGUCGCACGGAAAAAGUGGUCCACACAUGUUUAUAGAUAGUCGAACGCUAAUGAUGUGUACACGUAUGUGAUCACCGAGAGAAACCGCGCCGCGUGUCGGCGGUACCUCGGUCGCGACGGACGCGAGAGUGGACCUGUUUCAUAGUGAGCAGAUAACAAACGGUGUAUAUAAUCGCGUCAUUUAUUCCUCUUCGGAAGAUUUAUGUAAAUAGUUCUUUCUAUGCUACUAUUGAUUUUUUAUACACUUGUAAAUGAUCCGACCUAAAAUGAAUAUAAACGAUUGCUCGUUUAGUUAAUUUAUUUGGCUAUUAAGUGCGAACAUGUGAUCUAGAAGGUAACUUUUGUAUACGCUGGCGUUAGGAUAUUAAUGAGGCCAGUUUUACGACGAUUUAUUUCUGUCACUCCUACCGACUUGCUUACAUACGAAAUUGGACUUGUUGGUUUCCUUACCCGGCAUGGCAGCUGUCAAAAUUAUUGAUUCUAAUUAUCGCGCUGACAUGAUCUUGAUGUUCCGGAGAAACGAGUCACAUCACAUUAAACAUCAAAGACUACUUUAAAUGGUAUUAGUUGAUAUCAUUUCAAAGUUAAAUAUUAAUGGAGAUAUUUGCCGUUAUGUUACGACAGCAAUAUUUAUAUCGGCUUUACAAAUAUUUUUUGUUUUAUCGACGCAUGAGUCG